AUGUCCUAUGAGAAAUUAGAUUUCGGCGAAGGAAAAGGUUCAAACCUUUUAUCGUCUUUACUCACUUUGAAUAAAGACACCUCGUCUGAGAAACUAGCAGAGAAAAUUUUCAUGGAAAAAUUUACGUCACAAAUAGCAGAAAAUCCACAAGCAAUGACCGCGCUUGCCGAACAGCUUUCACCACCAAAUGCUGAGUAUAAAACGGUCCCAGUGCAACCUGUACCGGGAUUUGUAGCGAAAACUUAUACUACCAAAAAUUGCAAGCAAUAUCAAAACGUAAAAAUUUUGAUCAAUAUAUGCCAUUCGGACGUAAUUCCUCGUCCACCCGCUGCAAGCGAAGAUGAAAUACGUAAAGCUAUGAAUGCAGAAGAGGAUGCAAUGUAUAAUGUCCCGCUUGUACUGAGUGAUUUGCGACAAGAUACAGAUAAAGGUCAAAACGAAUGUUUCGUGUGUGAUGCUAUAAUACAUUCAGAACCAUAUAAAAGAACAAUUAAAGAUUCAGAUUUCAAACUAUAUAUAACCGAAUUGGCAGUGGAACUGAUGGAGGAUAAUCACAUACUACAGUUGAGUCGAGAAUUUACAUUUCCAAAAAUUUCUUAUAAAGGCAAGAUAGAACGUAGAUUAGUUCAACUUCCGAAGGAAAAACCAUCAUUAAUAGCCGAAAUACUUACUCGUUCACCAUCACAACAAAAAAAAGCAACGAACAAUAUUAACGAUAUUAAAACUGUUAAGCCACAAAUUCAAAAGCCAGUGCAUAUAAUUGCCGAGGAACACAAAGAUAAUAAAAGUUAUAUUAUAAUUGCUAUUGAAAUACCAUUAAUAGGCUCACAAUCAAUCAAUGCUAUAACAUUGGAUAUAGAACCAUCGCGUCUUCUUUUUAAUUUAGCAGGAAAAUAUUCUCUAGACAUCAAUUUACCUAAUACGAUAGAUAUUAUGACGGCUGUCGCUAAAUUUAUUAAACCAAAGAAACGAUUAGUAAUAAAAGCAAUAAAGAUAGCGGCAUAA